CGAUCGCGGAGAGCGAAGUUUGCUCGAUCGACGACGAGAGCGGGAACUUGAUCUCGCUCGAUCGAUGAAUCGUCCACGAGCCGCGGCAGCUGCGGCCCCAGCUCUCGCGCGGACCGCAAUCCCGACGCCAUGCGCGAUUCGAGUUUUUAAAAUCAGACGCCUCGUGGACUUGUUCAGCGGUGUCGUGUGGAGAGUGGAUUGAGCUGCUCGAUCGCUUCGGCGGAGGACAUGUCUUCGCGUCACGACGACGACGUCGGGAACCUGAAGCUGAAGCUGUUCGGCGGUCGUCGCGGCUUCGCUUCGACGGUGGCGGAACGUGUUCGUUUUGCGGAAGAAAUUCGGGAUCAUCCGUCCGUAGGUUCUGGUGAGAUGUUUUGACUUCGAGUGUCAGGCAGCUGGAAGCAAAUCUUUCUAUCAAGGUUACAAGUGCUUCGGAACAAUCAACAAUGUCUUUGGCGACCUGGUGGUUGUGGAGAUGUCACGCUCUGGUAGAUGGCUGCGGAACGACACUGCAAGGAUUUGCAGGAAGUUGUAGGGUCUACAGAAAAAGUCACUACCACGAUGGAGUUUCUGCUUCCAGUUUGGCAGCACAAACUUAUGGAUCUCCCUUUCACCGAAGACGAGAGCUCUUGCGGCCUUCUUUGACCGGCCUUGGCUCUAGGAGAGUCUUGCUCACUUGUCCUAGUGCAGCUUCUAGUGGUGGUGCAGGAACGGGAUCAACGGAUGAAGACUUCUCAGACGGAGGGGACAGAGCAUUUGACUCUCUCUUGAGCCGGGACUGGUUUGGCUCAUUCAUAAGGAAGAUGAGUGGGCAGGCCAAACGGAGAAGAGACGAUGAUCCAGGAGACUGGAAGUACUCUCCAGAAUGGUGGGGUACACAAGGUGGUGGAUGGGGACGGAAUGACGGGGACAUUGUAUUCGAAAUGCCUACCUUUCUGGGCAAUGGUGUGGUAUCAGUCACUGCCCAUCCUGCAUCACAACCAACGGCAAGCAAUGAACAUCCGUUUCUCAACCAAGGAACCUCGGGCGGCAGUAACGGGACCGCGGUGUUCGAUUCUUCGUUGAAGAUAUUGGGUUAUGAGUGGCGUGUCCUCAGAUUCAACAGCAUCACCCGCCAGAGUGUGGCCAAAGUGAUGGCAGUCGGCACUGGCGAAGAUGCGCAGAAGGUUGUCUUUCUUCAGCAGCCAAACUGUAUAGCUUUUGAAUAUGUGAAAAGCCUGAUUUCAGCUGGACUAGCAGCUGUAAGCUUCGCCGGCCUAGAUGUGGAACUUGUGGCCACUGGACUACAGAAGAUGCGCAUCUUGUGUAUUGGCCUCGGUGGAGGCACUCUUCCACUCUUUCUCGCGCAUUACUUACCUGGAGCUACCGUAGAUGCUGUUGAAAUUGACUCCGCUGUCAUUUCGGCAGCGGUGAAUACGAUGGGAUUUCCACCUUGUCAUGUUUUGAGCAAACACGGAGUUGCUGCUUCACCUUCCACCUACAGUCAAGAGCGUUCCAAGCACGCGGAAGCUUUGUGGGGAAGCUUGCUGCGCAGGAUCUCCAUCUAUGAAAGCGAUGGAGAGGAUUUUGUCUGGGAGGAAUCAAAGAAGGCUAAGGGACAGUACGACCUAGUCUUUGUGGAUGCUUACGAUGGAGAAGACGUAGUACCCUUCAAAUUUUGGGACAGAAAUGGCUACUUUCUCAGUUCUCUGGGCUCAAUUCUGAGCUCUGACCAUGGCACCGUAGUGGUGAAUCUGCACACUGAUUCAGCUCCACCAAGCAUGGUUGAAAGACUAUCAGGAAAGUUUGGCCCUGGCUACGACCCGGCGCUUCCUCAAGGCAAGAGAGUUCAGGAGGCUGCUGUCGCAUACAGAGAUGUCUUGCUGCGAGGAAGUGAUUCAUGGAGAUUUCAGAAUGAUCAUGGAGGGGGCGAAACAUCCUCUACACAAGGACUUGCAUUUACCGCAUCUGUCUCGCUGCAAGGGAAUAUAUCCCUGGUUGUCAGCAGAGUAGCAGCAAUGGUGCAACAAAAGUGUAUGGAGCUUUCUGGCGAUAAAGGAAUUGGGGAGGAACUGUUUGUGGAGGCGCUCGUUAAGGAAGCAAAAAAUCUCCAAAGAAGUCUCUGUGUUCCUUUUGACAUGGCCAAAAGGAUAUCCAGGGGUUUUAAAUGUCUGUAAUAUCGAGUGCCGAUUGUCUUGUGUUUUUAAGUCUCAAGUAGCUAUUUACUCUAGAUCUGCACAGUUUGGUCAGUCAGAAAAUCUAGACACUGCAGAUGAAGUCUUCAUGAAUGUAGAGUUGAGUUAUGAUGUCAAGAAUUCCGGUGUAUCCAUCUUGGAGAAAAACGUUUUGUCAUGAGGUUGCUUUGACGUCAAGAAUCAAAUUAAAUUCUAAAGUAGAACGGAAGUGUGUAGGCUCUGUGACCCUUCGUUAGGUUGCUUCCAGUGAACGUCAGGAUCAGCGUCACCUCGAAACUACUACUGUACGUACAGUCAACUGCAUGGCAGCUGUAAUUCAUUGAUGUGCACAAUUGAGCACCUUCAGGGUAGUGAGGAACAAGGUAAUUUCUUACUACCCUGAAGUGAGAAAGAAGCACUAGUGCGAACACCUCUAUUGUUGGAUGCACACGUAAGGUGAACUCGAGUGUUUACCAAGACUAUCAGUUACUUCACUUUCAAUGUUCGCCUCUGAACAGCAUAAAUACUACUGUAGUUCCAAUGGAGGUUACCCUGGACAAUGUCUUGGCAGUAAGCACAUCUUCUUAUGAACCAAAGUG